GAGGUUUGUGCAGUUUUAUCUUCCCGCAAGCGACGUUAAAGAUCUUCGUGGACACUAAAGUGGUGCGUGACGUCAUUUAUGGACGGCCCCUAAGUCAAAAAAAAGUUGCGGUUUGUGAAGGGCUAUCUGUGAGUUAGGAUGAAGUUGCUGCCCAGGAGCUGGUCAACAAGCAAGCGUAGACCCCGGGCUUCCCAAGUGCUCACAGCUCAUCUCCUGCAGCGAAACCUCCCACAUUGGACCUCCUAUUUUGUCAAGUACAGCGAUGUGCAGAACGAUCAGUUUUCGCUGUCUCAUUUCAACUGGGGAGUGGAUGGAGCAAACUAUCAUGUGCUGAGGACCGGGUGCUUCCCCUUCAUCAAGUACCACUGCUCGCGGAGACCCUGGGAGGACUUGACGCUUGAAAACCGCAUCUUCACAGCUCUCAAACUCAUCAACCUAGGGAUUCCGACGCUGGCGUACGGCAUGGGCGCUUUGUUUUUGCCAAAGGUCACAGAGGUUGUGACCACGGAACAGGGCCCUGUCACCAUCUACUUUCUCUACAAGGAGCAGGAGGGGGCCGUGAACUGAAUUGAGGUGGCAUGAGGGGUAACUGCAAAGUGGAGAAGCCACCCUGUCUAUGCAAGGCAAUCAUUAAUGCACCUGAGCACAGAUGACUGGGAAUGACUCUUAGGCCUUUGAACAUGAAAGAGGAUUGAACAGAGAUCAGUUUUCAUGAGGGCGGAGCUGUGGUCUGUGCCAAUGCAAGCUGUUUGCACUUUUGACUCGAUUCGUGCAGCGUAUGUAGUCUUGCUGCCGACUGUCGUCACUUUGUAAAACAAACAACGCACGCGCGUGUUUCUUUUAACCCGAAUUAUCCCUUGGUGUAGUCUUCGUAAGAUUUAACGGCAAAGUUUAAUGGAACAAUUAGGGGAGAAAUAAUAACCUCUUCAAUGAAUUUUGGAUUCAUUGUGAAUUGCAAUCCCUUUUCCACAAUACAGAAAGCUCCUCUGCGGCAUCGCGUAAAAAAACUUACCCUGGUUGCAGAUCAUUGUGGAGAAGAAAAAAAACCCAAGGCGGUAACAACAUAAUUGCUCACACUGCCCACCUUUGCUAAUCAAUCGUUGUCCCCUUUGAUUAAAGCUCUUGUUGAUGAAACAAACAAUGGGGAGUGGUGACAGCUGCCGAGAGGUCAAUUGGGCUGGAGCACGCGUCUGGAGGAGGAGAUGAUCGCUGGGGGAGCCACCCCUGGCCAUCGCGAGCGGCGCUAACGACCUACCCGCCAUCGAUCGUGUUAAUUUCUUCGCAGCGCGGGUGUUAAUUGCGUCGUCGAUUUCACGCCAGCCCCCACCGCCGUUGCGCUGUAAUUUAGUGAAAGUGAUUACUCGUGAACCCGGUGCCGGGCAUCGAUCCCUUUCCGCGACAUCGUUUGGCCGCCCCUCUUCCCGGCUCUGGGAAGGCUUCAUCAGUCCCAACCGGGACGCGCGAUGGAGGUGAUGGUGGUGAAAAGUGAUCGCCGAAGGCCACUAAUGAGACAACCCGGCAUUGGCUGAUUUAGGUGGCAAUCGUUUGAUUUAUGCGGCGAUCGUUUGGCUGUGGGGAGAGACAGAUCAUUGCCAAUGAGGCUGGCUAACAGCAGUUUCUGGUUUUAUUGGUUGAAUUUAUUUAAUACUUGCUUGUACCUACAAAACAAGUGACAUGUGCUUAAAAGUGAUUUUUAAAUGAAGCCAAAAUCAGAUACCAAUUAUUUUUGCGAGUCAGCAAGCAAAGGAAUUGCCAAAUACAACAAGACCGACACAGCUGACUAUGUGGCGGCAAUUCGGAACUCGAGUUGAAAAGUGCUCCAAGUUUGGAGCUGGAUUGACAGGUGGAUGUGAUGUAUGUGGAUAAGUAUUAUUUUUUAUUUUAGUUUUUAUAUUUUAUUGUUUAAUUCCCUAUAUUUUUUUAUAGGGUGUUGUUUUUUCUUAUUGUAUUGUGAAUUGGACUUCCAAUUGUUCCCCAAGAUUGACCCCCUGUUCAGGCCGCUGACAGCAUAUUUUGCUAGUUCUAUUUAUCAACACUAGUAAUUGUUUCAUGAUAUGACUAAAUGUCAAAUUGAAGGUUUCAGGCUCUAAAUUUAAAAUGUUUAAAAAAAUGUGCAGGGCAGUGUGGAUGAGGGUUGAAAAGAUGUGCAUUAUUAAUUGAUUGCGAAUAUGGCAUUUAUUUUUUUGUAUGUUAAAUAUUACAUUCAAAACUCGAAACCGCUAACAGUCCAGGCUAAAGUGCAGUUUCACCGCUGAUUCUGUCCCUUCGUUAUAUUGCACCCUAUAUUGAAUUUCAUGCCCGUGGAAAGUUAUUACAUCCACACUGUAAAACUCAUAAGGUAAUCGAGUUGUUAGGGGUGUAGUGGGGAGGGAAAUUUGGUUGAUGGAAAGUGUAAUAUAAAAAUGACAUGUCACAAAAGUGGCUCGUGAAAACAACCCAGCGUCUUCUUGUUUGAAAUUUACAAGAAAGCAUAAUGGGUGCAAACGGACCUCCGGGGUACAGUGCUGAUGGAACCAUAAUUACAAGCGCAUUUUUUUUUCGUUCCAUGUUUCCUAGUAAAUAAAUAAAUGAGCCUCAAGAAAAUGUCCGCAGAGCGAGCGGGAGCCUCAUUGCUAUGCGCAAUUUGUCUCGUUUAUGUGUUGCUUGCUGAAAAUAUGCUUGAUUUAAUUUACAUAAGCGGUCGUAAUUAAAGCGCCGUACGUGAACACGUUGCGUCCUCUUAGCUUUAAUUGUACGCUGUUAAUUGUUAUUUGAUUCAUAUUUUAAGACAAUUUUUCUAGGGUUUGGUGCUUUUAAUCAAUUUAUCAUUUAAAUACGGUACUGUAAAAUACGUUUACCACAGUAUUUAGUUUUAUACGGUGUCCAAUGGCAAAUACGGAAUCACGACGUGAGUGGCAAACAUUGAUACUGGGACAUUAUCAAGACUUGAACAUAACAUUUAUGUUUUGAAUAUGAUUAAAGUAAACACCUGACAUUACCGAUGUAAUCUUUAUUAUUAUUAAUAGUACCAUAAUAUUUAUGUAGGAAAGUCUGACUGAGUUUCAAUACUUUUUCAGCGAGGUCCAACAUGGGAUGUUUGAUCAAUUCUCUAAUUGACAAAUUUUUCUUUGUAAGGCAUUGAAUUUCAUAGCAAAACACCCAAACACGUAUUAGUAGGGGAUGACAAAAAUAUCCACUAAUGAGUUACGACCAAAUCCCCCAGAAUGUGCCCAACUCGGAAGCUGAGCAGGGUUGAGUCUGAAUCGGGCUUGGGUGGGCAACCUCAAGUUGCAAUAGGCUGCUGUGGUGCUGCGUGGUGGACAGCAGAGGGCAGUGAAGCAAAGUUCAUUGUACUGCUCUCCGCUCUCUGCCUUCGCCAACCCCUGUUCUGACUAGCGUGGUGGAAUAUGGUCAAAUAACCCACAUGGCAUCGGGAGGCCAUCACCCAGCGGUGGGUUGACAAAUGGCUGUAAAUGUAAAUAGGUCAACAAACCAUCUCGGGCGCCUUAGGCACCUCUGCCUACAGGAAUGGUAUCACACAUGAUGUCUAUUGAGAUAGUCUAGCUUUAAGACCUAAUGCGACUAAAAAACAAAAUUUUUAAUUAUUAAUUGUUGGUAAUUUCAAACUUGUAGUUUGGGGUAAAGCACUGCCCACAAAUGGUCUACUGGUAUUAAGAAAUGGCAGAACAUGGAUUGCAAACUAAUUUACAUCAUCUAAACAUUUACAAUUACUGAUAAUUGCCAGGCAUUUUAUCAUGCUCAUGUUAAAUUACUUCUCAUAAUGGACUCAUUAUGCUAUUACUAAUGACCACUUAUUAUAAAUGAGUAUAUAAUGUUUACAGAUUAGACGUUCGCUUCCGAACAAACGUGCCGAAGCACAUUUGUCCUUGUAGCGCCUGGAAAAGGUCCUUAUUUAACUUUUUAAUAAUAGUGACGUUUUUAAGUGCACUGUGCUUAAUUCUUACUGCAGUGGUAUUUAAUGCGGUACCAUAACGAGAUGCGGGGCCCUGAAGGGAUUUCACAGAUUCUAAACUCUUUUCCGUGACUUGUUUUCUAACGGUGGAUUGAUCUCGCUACCGAGCCAGUUUCCUUUGAUUUGACAGUUAAAUUCCCUUCUAGAUUUGAUGCUAUCGUGACUGCAGGGAUUAAUACUCUUAGGUUUUUUUUCGGUAAAGUCACGUAGGUAAACAAUGAUAAAAUAUAAUAAUAAAUCACGACGUUUCGGAGGCAACACAAGUCUCCGUCUUCAGGUGGGACUGUCACAGCUAAAUUUAGCAUCCGAAACGUGAUUUAUUAUUAUUAUUAUUUUACCGAAAAAACCCUAAGAGUAUAGUUAAAUUCCCACUAUCCAUUCAGCAUUUUCUUAUGGGCAAUGUUGCUGUAAAAGCGGGCAUGAAAGAGUACAAUAUCUCUUUCAUUAGCUGGCCACUAUGAUGUGCCAAGUGUCGUAUAACUGAUCCUGAAUUUGGAGAUUACCAUGUAUAAAAGAGUCGUAUAUUUCGCAAUACUGAGAAAUUGUCUUCUCAGUUUUAUUAGAGUUAUUUUUUUAUAAAAAAAUUUGUAAAGUUAUAAAUACACUCCUGUUAUCGCAACGUUUGGCAAGACUAGAUUUCAGAAAAAAAUCAUACCACGUGUUCAUUCAAAAAAAAAUUAUGACACCAUGAAACGUCGUAGUUUAUAACAAAUACAAAAACACCCCAUAUACAAUUCUAUACGCUCCAACUACUUCAGGUUACUAUAUUUCUUUUAUUUGUAAUUUUACCCCCAGUAGAUCGCAAAGCCUUGCACGGCAAUUCCCCAGCGUCCCACAAAAAUCACGUGACAUCGGAAGAGGGAGCUCUCCGCUGUAAUUAUCUUUUUCCCCCCAUCAAUUCAUUACGCAUUUGUGUGGUCUCGGUUAUUAAUUAAGCACGCUGAUUAACUUGAGUAAAGAAACGGCGUUGAUUAUCACCACCCGUCCCUGUGCGCAUCGUGAUUGGAUGGCGGAGUGGUGGAGACGUGGGGAGGAGGAGUGAUGCUUUUCCCCUAUUGGGAAUCCCUGUCAUAUUAAGCAUAUGCAGGCAGUGACAACGAAGGCCCGAAAGCAACGAAGGAGGGAGGGGAGGUGUAACCCAAUUGAAGGCCGGCCAAUUUGAUCAGAAGGUUUCCAAAAACGUAAAGAUGUAAUCAUGCAAACACAAUGGGCCCAGACAGCUAACCAUACUGGAAAUUAAAUAUUUCCAAGGACACAUGUAGGUUGAAAAGUGUUACCUAUUCCGUGCUUUUGCAUGAUUUAUCAACAAAAAAAAAGUUUGUCAUGGCUUUUGUUGUCCACAUUUCUUUCCACGUUUGUUGAAGGCUUUAACUGUCAGUAAUUUGUUGCUGCUGUAUCUGCAAUUGCACUCUUUUAUGCAUGGCUAUGGUUUUGUUUUUCCCUGGACUUAUAAUUUAAACAUCCGUGCCUUUGUUCUUGUAUAUUGUUUUUAUUGUA